AUGUCCUCAUUAGAAGACGAACGCACAGCAAUGCCGCUUACUCCCGAGGCCGAAACUCUAGACGAGCAAACGGUUGAAGCCGUAGAGACGCGUCUGCUAAUCGACUCUGGGCGCACAGCCACCUACGAAAACAUCGCUCAACCGGAGAGCCUGUUCUCACGGAGAAGCAGGGGAAAUCCUAUUGCCCCCUUUCUGGUGGUCCUGCUCGCCUUCUCAGGCGUUUUCUUUUAUUUUUUUGACCGCCCCAGCCCGAAGGAUUGGAAAGCCACAGAAGCGAGCCUCCCCCGCGGCGCGACGGCCGCAGUCGCGCCGACGAUCCUCAUCAGCCUGGACGGAUUCCGGCACGAGUAUUUAUCCCGCAAGAAGAAAGCCAGCACUGCCUUCCUCGCGCCAACCUUACACACGCUCGCAACGAAGGGCGUGCACGCCAAGGGCGGCAUGCAACCCGUCGUGCCGACGAUAACAUUCCCAAACCACUGGGCGCUGGCGACGGGUUUAUACCCGGAAAGCAACGGCAUCGUGAGCAACACGAUGUAUGACCCCGUCAAAAAGUCGUGGUUCCACGCCGACCGCGUGAACCCCGGCUGGUGGUUUGGAGAGCCCGUGUGGCAGACGCUGCGCCGCACGCUCCGAAAAGUCAAGUUUUCGAAUGGGACGCAGGAGACGUUGCAGCAGAACUACACGACGGCGAGCGUGUUUUGGCCAGGGUCGGAGGUUGAGAAACAUGCGCCAGAUUUAUUCUUUAAGUACGACAAUACGUUGCCGCUGCACGAACGUGUUGACAGGGCCGUUGCGGCGCUACAGGGAAAGAACGCAGACUUGAAUCGUGAGGCGCAGUUCGUGACGCUGUACUUUGGAGACGUUGAUCAUGAGGGACAUGAGCAUGGGCCAUAUUCUGACGAAGUGACGGAGGCAAUCGAGAGAGUGGAUGAAGCGCUGGCCUACUUGUUAAAAAGUUUAGGCGAGGACGUGGCGGAGAGGUAUAAUGUAGUGGUAGUGUCCGAUCACGGGAUGACCACGACGUCAGAAGAGAGGACAAUCGAUCUGAAGCAUGUGUUAAAGGAGGGGACCGUGCAGGAUGUAAUAUCGUCGCCUAUGGGGCUAUUUAUGAACGAAAGCAUCUCCGCCGAGGAGCUGUACUCCACGCUGAAAGACGGUCUGAAGAAUGAAAGCGAGCACGUAAAGGUGUACCGCAAGGCCGAUCUGCCCGAGCGGUGGCAUCUGAGUGCGAGCCGAUUAAUAACACCAGUAGUGACAAUGGCAGCGCUCGGAUGGACGGUGCGGUACCCCCAUCAGCAUAUCGUGCCCGAUCCAGACGUAUCCGUGCGCACGCCUGGUACGCUGCACGGACAAGGAGAUUGGGAGACGGACCCCGGGAGCCAUGGAUUCGAUAAUACUUACGAGGAUAUGAUGGCCAUAUUCGUGGCUAGGGGGCCCGCGUUUAAGGGAGGGACGACGGUGGAAGGGAUGAGGAGCAUCGACGUUUAUGAGAUGCUCUGUAACGUGUUUGGCGCGACUCCGGCUCCGAACAACGGGAGCUUGGGUGUGACGAUGACGUCAGUGCUCAAGGGUUAA